GUGUUCCUUUAGCUAUCACUGAAGCGAUGGAUCCAGUGUGGUUCUUUGUUCUUCUGGCACAAGCUGUCCUCAUGGACACAGGCCUAUGUUUUCCAGCUGGACAGGCUGAAUCUGAUGCGGAGCUUAAAAAAGGUGUGCCUCCCACUGACGUUAGUCUUAGGAGUGUUUUUGAGCUUCUCAAGUCUUUGGAUUCUGCGCUGGCCCAAGAAGAUGUACUGGAAAACGAAGUGGAACUUGAUGCUGCGCUUGGCUUGGGAAAAGCUUUGCACCUGGGCAUGGCCAGAGGGCUCAAAACAAAGGCAGACAGUCACGACCGUGUGAGUGAGGGCCGCAAUAAGAGUCAACAGGAAACUAUGAGCUACAAUCAAAAAGGUGACUCAAGCUAUGAGAUGGAUGACUCCUUCAGCCACAACAUGAGCAAGGAACGCCAGAAUGAUGCCUUCGGCCAUGACCACCACAAGAUGAGCAAGGACCACUCCAUGAGCCAGAAGAACCAGAACCACACCAUGAGCAAGGACGACCCCCAGAACUACUCCAUGAGCCAGGACCACCCCCACAAUCACACCAUGAGCCAGAAGAACCAGAACCACACUAUGAUCCAGGACUACCCCCAGAACCACACCUACACCAUGAGCCAGGCCCACCCCCAGAACCACACCUACGACAACCCCCAGAACCACACCAUGAGCCAGAACCACAGCUAUACCAUGAGCCAGGACUACCCCCAGAACCACACCUACACCAUGAGCCAGGACUACCCCCAGAACCACACCUACACCAUGAGCCAGGACUACCCCCAGAACCACACCUACACUCUGAGCCUGAACCGCACCAUGAGCCAGAACUACCCCCAGAACCACACCAUGAGCCAGAAGAACCACAUCAUGAGCCAGGACCACCCCCAGAACCACACCUACACUCUGAGCCAGAACCACACCAUGAUCCAGAAGAACCACACCAUGAGCCAGGACCACCCCCAGAACCACACCUACACCAUGAGCCAGGACUACCCCCAGAACCACACCUAUCCCAUGAGCCAGGACUACCCCCAGAACCACACCAUGAGCCAGAAGAACCAGAACCACACCAUGAUCCAGAACUACACCAUGAGCCAGAAGAACCACAUCAUGAGCCAGGACUACCCCCAGAACCACACCUAUCCCAUGAGCCAGAACUACCCCCAGAACCAUACCAUGAGCCAGGACUACCCCCAGAACCACACCAUGAGCCAGAAGAACCACACCAUGAGCCAGGACCACCCCCAGAACCAGGAACAAACAGAUGUUUGA